AUGGUGCCUUUGAUAACUUUCCUGUACGCCUUUCUGAGCAUUCUAAUCACUUUCGCAAAUGCGUUUGUGAUAUCUACCGUCUACUCAACGCGUGCACUUCGAAGGAUUACCAAUUAUUCCCUGGUUUCGUUGGCCAUCGCUGAUCUUGUUGUUGGUAUGAUUGUUCUUCCUGUAAGGAUAUGCGAAGCACAAGACUUUCGCAAGUCGCAAAAUUUUAGUUGGUGCCAAUUUUCACUGAGUCUUACAUUGCUCAGUCUGUCUGCUUCUGUUUUGAAUCUUUUAAUUGUUACUGUAGAGCGUUACUUUGCUAUAAUUUUGCCUCUUUCGUACUCGAGUAAAGUUACUGCUCGGCGAAAUUUUUAUGCAAUAAUUCUCGUCUGGUUUGUUGCAAUGUUUACCUCGUUCUUGCCGUUCGUUACUCUGCGGAACAUGACAGCUAAAGAGCGUGGCCGAGAACACAAGAUUUGCCGAUUUGCAGACACGAUGAGCCCAGAAUAUUUGACAUUUUUUUCAGCUGUCAUCGUUUUAAUUCCGACUUUGUUCAUCUCCGCCGCCUACUUGAAAAUUUACCGUGCAGCAGUCAAGCUGAGAGGACGACUGAAAGCUUUACAAGUGCAGCGGGAUGGAAAUCAUAAUAUUGCAAAGGCGUUAAAGGAAUCUAAGGCUGCUAGAACGGUUGGUGAGUCAUGCCUCUUAAAAAUAUUCAACUGAAUCUAAUUUACCAGGAAUUAAAACUACCUUAGUCCAAGAGCUUUUUGAUCUCCAAAUGAAACUCACAUUACCUGCUUUCAAUUUGCGUUGUGCAGCCAACAUAAUCAACUUUGCAAGAAUUGAUUAUGGUAAAUUUUAAAACAGGAUGUGUUCAAUUCACGCGCCCCCACAUCUUGCGUCAAAACUUGUUCUAAAAGCAUGACGUCUGAGAAAAUGUCGCUUAACUAAUUUCAAGCUUUCUUUUACUUUAUUCAUAUACUUUCACCAUAACAUUUUUUCCGGGAUUCGAUAUUGAGCGGUUUCAUGGAAAUCAAGCGUACAAACUUUGUAUUUAAGUUGAAGAAAGAAAAAAAAUGAAAAAAAGAAUUUUUUUUCAAAGUAAUCAAAGGGAUAUGAGACAAAGCGACUUAUAAGCGCUGUACAUUUCGUAGCGUUUGUAUCAAGUGUAUUUCCGAAACACAUGGUGACUUCCUGUAACUUACCCGAACCGCUGCCGAUCGAGAAUUUUCCACAUUUUGUUCCGUCUGAAUGUAGCCGGUAGAAGAAAGAAAAAAGUCUCAAGAUCAUUCCAAAACAUUUUUGAAAACUUUUCCGUUUUUUUUUUUUUCAAAUUGUUUCUUUUGAGUAUUGAAGUCUCUUACAGCGCUACGUCUUAUAUUAAGAGCUUAUGAGAAAAUUAUGAAUUUAAUUUUGAUGUUCUAUUAAAAAAUACUACUGAAGCUCUAAAAAAAAGGUUCUCUGUCCUUCAUGUCAUUAAAAAGAUUGAUACAAUUGAAGCUACGCUUACUUGAAUGAAAUUUUUAUAAAUGAGUUGGUUUUUUAUGAAGGACUAAUGUAAGCAAAAUUCUUUUAAGAAUUAUUUUUACAGAUCAAAAUGCUCUUAAGUUCUAUCUAGAAUACAUCUGUUAUGCCGUACCGAAUAUGGUUAUAACCCCAUUGUGCAGACCAGCACAUCUAAUCUGCUGGAAAUCGUUUAAAAGCAAUAUUUUAUUUGAUAUCUUGUCUCCUAGUGACUGAAACAAAUUUCUAACCAAAACAUCCUAUGGGGGAGGGGGAAGGGGCAGUAUGUAAAAAGUACAAGCGUGCAGGGUUGCACGCGUAUCGUGUCGUUGUUUUUUUUUUUUUUUUUUUUUUUUGAGAUAUUAUGCGAAUAAUUAUUGCCAUAAAGUUGCAUUAUCGCGUUACAUGGAAACCUUUAUUCUUUCCCUCAGCCAAAGACAUGGACCCUUAGAGGAGUCCGUCUGAACAUCAACCUUGACAUUUAUCAUUAAAUUUCAGCCUUUGUCCCAAGCGACCGGCUCAGUAUGGGAACGAUCAUUAUAUAUCGCGAGGGGACGGGUGGGUGGAGUUUCGGACGAUUUUGGUAGUGUCACAAUAAAAUACCUGAUCCUCCCCCCGUAAGGCUCUACAAUAUUCUUGUGAUCCCCUUCAUUGGCAGUUAAUUAGCAGUCAAUUUUCCACAGUCACCCCUUGAUAUUCUAUUGGUGACGACGACUGAUCUCCCCUCAGUUCUUCCUGAAAAUCAUGUGAAAGAUAUUCGGAUAGAAAAUUUAAGGGGUUUCGUAAAUUUAUCUAGUUGUAUCAACAUAGGAUAAUUCUCACGCUCUGAUUACUCUCUUUUUGUUUGUCAGGGAUUGUGGUAGGAGUAUUUUAUCUGUGCUGGAUUCCUUUCAUGGUAGCAGUCAUUUUGAGCGCUUUCGUCAAAAAUUUGAUCACCCCAGUCGUAGUUCUGGUCAUCUCUGUUCUUAUCUACAGCAAUUCCGCCAUUAACCCAGUCCUCUACGGUUAUUUGAAUCGCGACUUCCGGUUGGCUUACAAAAGAAUGUUUUCGAGAAUUUCCUUACCAAGCGCAUGCGCAAGAGUCCAUCCUCGCGAAAGAAGAAGAUGUUAUGAGUUACCAGAGUUAUCUACGAGUUCUCAGCCUGGUCAAGGGCUAUAUAUCAGUGACAGUGCGUUGUGA